UUUUAAAAAUAACGUUAGUUGCUGUUUGUUGCUCGUUACGUGCGCGUGUUGCGACGCGCAACAGAAAAACAAAUAUAAGCAAAACUGAAAACAUUAAAAAAACAAAUAGAAAGAAGGAAAACAGCAAACAGUACAGAGAACAGAGAACACAGCUAAAGGACAUUUCAUUCAGAAUAUCAAAAAUACAUUUUUAAAAGUUAUUAAAGCAAAAAACAAAAAUUCAUAUUUAGCAACUAUUGUGAACUAAUUUUAUUUAAUUUUUUUUCGAAAUCGGAGUUUGAAAAACAAAAAUAAUAAUAAAGCAUUUUUUUUAUUGUGAAUGCAACGCAGUCGAACGUGCAAUAAUAAUUAGUGAAUCGAGUCGAAUCAAAUCGAAUCGAAUCGAAUCGAAUAGAAUCCAAUUGACACACACACAGACACACAUCUAUAGCAAAUACCGAGUAAUUUCGUCUGUUGUGGCCCAUUGCAGCGCCUGUGGUCCAGUGUGAUUCGAGUGUGUGACGAGAUAAACAAACACCAAACAACAAACAACAAACAAACAAACAACAAGAGAAAGAAAGCAAAACACAGCAAAGCAGGCGAAGCUCGCGACAUUCGAGCCACAAAUCGCACAGCGAAAGCGAAAGUGCCAGAAGGACCUGCUGCAGACGACCACGAGGAGCAGCUGCAGCAGCAGCAACAGCAACAGCAGAAAGAACAAUAUCAAAGUGCAAUCGACAACAACAACAACAACACACUGAAGGAAAUCAAAUCAUUUAAUUAAUUAUUAGUGAAAUAGUCAAAGUGAUCAUCAUCAGCAACAGCAUUAGCAUCAGCAUUAGCAUCAGCAUUAUCAUCGUUGGAUUCGACAAAGGGAACAACAACAACAACAACAACAGCAACAACAACUGCAAAUCCGCUAAGCAGUGCAUGCGUGCGUGUGUCUGCGUGCGUGUAUGUGUGCGCAUGUGAGCAGCAAACGCAGCAGCAGCAGCAGCAGCAGCGAGCACAAAACUUUUUUUCCCUCGGUGCAAUAAAAAGCCGCCAAAAUACGCAAAAAGGUGACCACGAAGAAAGCCAGCGUUGUUUCCACAGUUGACGAAGAUAACAACAACACCAACAACAACAAUAACAAUAGCAACAACUACAACUACAACAACGCUAGGCAGCUGAAAACAGCAACAACAACAACAACCAUAACAACAACUAGAACCCCAACUCCGAUUGCAACAACAGGCACAGCCACGGCUACAGUCGAGCUGAAUAACCGUUACACAGCAGCAAUUGAAGAGGAAGAGGAAGAAGACGAACAAAUCAACAUGGACGAAACACAGCAUUUCUGUCUGCGAUGGAACAACUAUCAGAGCAGCAUCACAUCGGCAUUCGAGAAUCUUCGCGACGACGAGGACUUCGUCGACGUGACGCUCGCCUGCGAGGGACGGAGCAUAAAAGCCCAUCGCGUCGUCCUCUCCGCAUGCAGCCCCUACUUCCGCGAUCUGCUGAAGAGCACACCCUGCAAACACCCGGUCAUCCUGCUGCAAGAUGUCAAUUUCAUGGAUCUGCACUCGCUGGUGGAGUUCAUAUACCACGGCGAGGUGAACGUGCACCAGAAGUCGCUGCAGUCGUUCUUGAAGACCGCCGAGGUGCUGCGCGUCUCGGGCCUAACACAGCAGCAGGCCGAGGACACGCACAGCCACUUGGCACAGAUACAGAACCUGGCCAAUGCGGGCAUACGCACGCCGCUCAACUCACAUCCACACCAUGGCUCGUCGUUGCACGAUGAGGGGGCUGCCACACUGUUUAGCAGUCGCCAGGUUGGCGGCUCGCCGCCGCCGCCUCCGCCGCCGCAGCAGCUGCCGCAGCACAUCAACAACAAUCUGCUGAAGCGCAUGGCCAUGAUGCACCACAGCGGCGGCGUCGUCGACGAGACCACAUCGCACGCCCUCAAGCGCUUGCGCAGCGCCGACAACAACAACGGCCUCUCUGCCAGCAGCAACAACAACGGCAGCCCCGAUCUGCAGAUGCAUGCGCGCAGCGCCUCGCCCCAGCUGACGCCGGCCGACUUUAGCACGAUCAAGCACCACAACAACAACAACACGCCGCCGCUCAAGGAGGAGAAGCGCAAUCGCUCCACAGGCAAUGGCAACUCGGGCAACGGCAACGGCAACAACAACAACGGCAACAACAACAACAACGGCAAUGGCAAUGGCAACGGCAACGGCAAUGGCAACGGCAUCUCCAUCAGCGAGAAGCUCGGCAGUAUGACGCCCUCGCCGCUGGCACGCGGUGUCGAGGAUGUCAAGUCGGAGCCCAUGGAGCUGGUCUGCUCGAACAACAACAAUGCCAACGCCAACGUCAACGAUGAGCACAGCAACGACUCCACAGGCGAGCACGACGCCAAUCGCUCCAGCAGCGGCGACGGCGGCAAAGGCUCCUUGAGCUCUGGCAAUGACGAUGAGAUCAACGACAACCUAGCCACCCAUCAUGCCGCACAGCCCUACAUUAUGUCGCCGGCCGAGAGCAAAUUGUUUCCAGGUCCAUUCAAUUUUCCGAUUAGCAAUCUCGAUCCCUCAGCCUUGAUUGGCCUCAAUACCCAGCUACAACAAUCUGGUGAACUCGCUGUCUCUCCACAAGGUGGCAGCACCAGCCUACUCAGCGGCGUCAUAGUGCCCGGUGGUAGUGACAACCCUAGUAAUAGUAGUAACAACCAACAACAACAACAACAACAACAAGUAGAACAACAGCCAACAUCACAACACCAACUCCAACAACAACAACUCCAAAUCCAACAACAACAUCAUUCCACACUACAUAACCCACAACAACAACAACAACAACAACAACAACUGCACCAAGAACGUGAACGAGAACGUGAACGUGAACGCGAACGAGAACGUGAACGUGAACGUGAGAGAGAUAGAGAUAGAGAGCGUAGCAGCAAGGCGAGUGAUCUACACAGCAACAGCGAGCGCAGCCUCUCACGCUCAUCGCAGUGUGGCAUCAGUGAGGGCAUGGCAAUGCAUAGCAGCAGCGCAACUCCGUCGCCGAAUGCCAGCUACAAGCGUGAAAGGGAGCGAGAGAGGGAGAGGGAGCGGGAACGGGAGCGGGAGCGGGAUAUUGAAAGAGCACGGAGCAAUACGCCGGGCGCAACACCCCCGCCAUCACAGACAUCGCAUCACGGACAUCCAGCACCACCGCCGCACUUUAGUCAACAUCCGCUGGCUAUGCUAUCCAGCCAUCACCAGCAUCAGCUGCACUCGCACCACGAGCUGUCGCCUGGCGCUGCCCAUGCGGUGGUUGCUGCACAUCAUGCGCAUGCUCUGGCCCGUGCCGCCUCGCCGCUUGUGGAUCGCCACCACUUGCUGCAUCAGCACCAUCGGCGCGCCUCGCUGUCGCCCUCGGCGUCAGUCAGCAGCGGCGGCGGCGGCCGCGGCUCCGCCGGCAAUGCGGCCAGCAAUCUGCUGAGCUCAGCGCGCGCCAGCGAUGUGGCGCAGGCCAACCGCCUGCUCCUGCCAUUGCCGUUGAAUGCGUGCCAUCGCUGCGAUGUGUGCGGCAAGCUGUUGAGCACGAAGCUAACGCUGAAGCGGCACAAGGAGCAGCAGCAUCUGCAGCCGUUGAACAACGCCGUAUGUAACCUUUGCCACAAGGUCUUCCGCACGCUCAACUCGCUGAACAACCACAAGAGCAUCUACCAUCGCCGGCAGAAGAAUCACCACUCGUAUUUCCAUCACAGUGGCGGAGUCGUUGGCCAGGCGGGCAGUCCCGGCAGUCGGCUGCAUCAGUCGCUUAGCUCGCUGACCGCUGCCGCAGCUGUGAACAACAGCGUCGGUGGCGGUGGCGCCGGCGGCAAUGCUGUGGCUGCUGCUGCGGCUGCCGCUGCGGCUGCUGCGGAGCUGCUGCUGUCCCCGAUUGUGGGCGCCGCUGCUGUCGCCGGGGGUACGGCCAGCUCGACGCUGCAACUGGCGGCGGCGCAUCAGCAGCAGCAGCAACAGCAGCAGCACCAGCAGCAGCAGCAGUCCUCGCCGAACAUAGUCAAGCCAUGCAUAGACUUCUUAUAAGAUCAGCAUCAACUCUUGCAGCAGCUGUUCCAUGUUGCACUCAACAACUCAGCAGCAGCAGCGGCGGCAGCAUCGGCCUGCCAGCCCCAGCCUGGCGACUACGUCGGCCAGCAGGUGGGUGCCACGCCAACGGUUGAUCUAACCCAAUUGGACCAGGGCAGCGGCGGUGUCUAUGCGGCGGCGGCCGUAGCAGCGGCAGCUGCGGCAGCAGCGGAUGGGGGAGUUCCAGACCUGCGUGCCCUUCAUAUGCACCAGCAGCAGCAACAGCAGCAGCAGCAGCAACAACAACACGGCCAUUUGGCCCAUAUGCAUCCACACUCCCACUCCCUGCCACACCCACAUCAGCAUCAGCACCAGCAUCCGCACCAGCAUAGCCAUACUCAUGCCCAGCAUCAUCAUCGCUAUGAACGAAUGAAUUUAUUAGACCAAUAAGCAGAGCGCUCAAAUGAAUACUACACAAUCGUGACGUCAUCGCCCGAUGAGCCCGUUCACAUAACAUACAUACUCACACACUCGUAGGAAAUCGGAGGAUAUACGACAAAAGAGGAGGGAGAGAGAGAGACGAAAGGAGAUAGCGGAUAGCGGAUGAUCUACUACUGAAUGCAAACAUACAGAUUGAGGAGGACAGAGCGGAUAAUCUUGUACUGAAUCUAUAUACAUAGAUAUACAUAUAUAAAUAUACAUACAUACAUAGACGCACACGCCCACACACUCACACACAUGCAAAAUUGCAUACACUUUGGAUCUCAACAUGGCGGAAAACUGCAAUAAUUAAAAUUAAACAAAACAAAAAACAAAAUGUUUCGGCAAGCAACAACUCAAAUGGAACAACUAAGAAGAAGAGGAUGUAGAAGAAGAAGAAGAUAAAACAUGUUUAGGCAAAUGAAUGAAAAAACUGUGAUUUUUUACAAAAACUUGAUUAUAAAUAUAAAAAACAUAAAUGAAAAAGAAAAAAAAAAAAAAAUAUGAAAAAUCAACACAAUUUACGUCUUUGAAAAGGAUGCGAUAAAAAAAAUUGUAAUUAAAUAAAAAUUGAGAACGCGCAGUUUUUUUUAAUGGAAAAAACUGAAUUUGGCUAAGCCAAAAUGCAAUAGGGUUUUUUUUUUUUUUUUUUUUUUUUUUAAGUGUAGGAAAACUGAAUGAGAAUAGCGUGGAAAACGAGGGAAGCGUAAAAGACUGUUAACGAAACAAACGAAGUAACAGACAGACA